UUUUAAUUUUAAAAAUGUUGGAAAGGUAUUUACUUCAAAUGGGACGUAUCGGAGCUGGCCAUUUGCCUGUUUUAUUUUCAAUUAAUUUUGUUGCUAUGUUAGUCAUCACAUAUUCUUUUUCUGUUUGGAGAGGAGAUGUUGACCCCGUUUUCCCCUAUAUUUCGGCUUCUGGUGAUUCUAGGCCUGAAUCUUGUAUAUUUUCUAUGUUUUUGAAUGUUUGUGCUUUCUUUAUUGCUUUGAUUGUUAUCCUCAGAUACCAUUUGGUCGCCGAAUUACUUUCUCAAAAUUCAGAUCAAGAAGUAGAUCCUCUUAUUUCUUUAACAAAUCGCCUUUCACUUUUUGCUGGUCUUCUCGGGGGUGUUGGAAUGUUUAUAGUUGCUAAUUUCCAAGAAACUGCUGUUAUACAGAUACAUUUGACUGGAGCUCUGCUUAGUUUUGGAAGUGGAUGUAUUUAUAUGUUAUUACAAUCUUUUAUUUGUUUUAAAAUGUUUCCAAAAUUUGUUGGAAAAAGAAUUGUUUAUAUUCGAUUAAGUAUUGCAAUAGCUUCGACUUUUUGUUUCUUUACUGCCUUUUUCCUUGGUUUGGCAGCCUCCUUGACUUUUCAUCAUUAUUUUCCUGAUUUGCCAACACCUCGACCUUGGAACAGGAAAUUCUCGCCUAUGCCUGGUUAUGGACUUCAUUGCCUCUCAGCGGUUGCAGAAUGGACUUUAGCUAUUUUACACAUGUCCUUUCUUCUCUCGUAUUCAAGAGAAUUUGAAAAAAUAAGAGUCGAAUUUAAAGUUAAAACAAUUGUUCAACAUUUGGAUCAUAGCCCUUUAUCUAAUUCUAAUACUGAUUUAUUAAAUAUUUAA